AUGGACGGCGACAAACCCAUCUACAUCCACCCCUCACUCUCCUCAGGCUUCGUCCUGUCCGUGAAAAUCUGGAUCCCUCCCGAAAAAAUCUCCGAAUUUUUCGCGCUGUUUAAGCCCGUUUACGACGCCGUGAUCGCCGAGGAAGAAUGCCGUUUCUUCGUCGUCACUCAAAACGAGCAGGAACCAGGCUGCAUCUCAUGGGUCGAAGGCUGGACUAAAGAUGUCAAUUGGCUCAUGAGCGAGCAGUUGCCAAAGAGCUAUUAUCAGCCUUAUCUUAAAGAGACGGAGGCGAUGUUUACGAAGCCGAGAUUCUUCGAGAUUUUGAAGCCAGAAGCUAGUUUCGGGCAUUUUAAGGUUCCGAAGACAUAG